CCCAACUCCCAAGUCCAGGGAAUUUCCCCAGCAUCUCCAAGCUUGACUCUCCUGCCUGGAGGAAGAGACAAGGGCAGAUAAAAAGGGGGGUACAGCUGGUUUGAGAACAACGCAGUGCUCUACAGCCACCUCCAGCACCUCUCGAAUCGGUACUCCCUGGUCCAGGAUCUUGUUCACAAUGAGCCCCGUGCCCUGCUGCUCAGCUCGCAUCCUUGGCGGUUCCCGCUUGCUGUUCGUGCGGCUGGCGUUUCUGUUGCUGCUCACACUGCCGCAGCAUCUAGCUGAAGGGGGUCCUGCCGCUGCAGCAGUGGCAACAGAACUGCGUUGCGUUUGCUUAAGCGUAUCUCCGAGAAUUAAUCCGAAAAUGAUCGCUAAUUUGGAGGUGAUUGCUGCAGGUCCACAGUGCCCCAGGGUGGAAGUCAUAGCUAAGCUGAAGAACCAGAAGGAGGUCUGUCUGGACCCAGAAGCUCCUUUGAUGAAGAAAAUCAUCCAGAAAAUACUGGACAGUGCAAAUAAGAAAACUAAGAGGAAUGCACUUGCAUUGGAAACAUCUCCCAGUGGUCAAUAGAAAAAUUUCCAAGGACUCUGGCUGCAAUGAAGACAAGAAGGAGUUUAUCGCCUGCUUUCCCCAGUAAUUUUCUCUGUAAACUCCCUGCUUUGAACAGGAAAGGGAAACCGCUGUCCCUGAAGCUUUCCCCUCAGUUUAUGAGUGUAUUUAGCAAAGCAUAUCCGAUUCAUUUCUACCAUCUGUUAUACUAUUGCAUAUUGUGGCAUUUUAGCAUGUAAGUCAAGAAUCUUUGGUUGUUAACCUUUCAAAAUGUCUUGAAGUGAAAGUGACUAUUGCAUUUUGUCUCAGAAAAUAUAUGCAUGUGUGUGUGUGUAUACAUAUGUAUACCUUGUAGUGUUCGUGGGAAAGCUGUGGAAUUAACAGAUUAAUGAAGUUUUGUUAGAUGCUGUUGAUGGGGAUGAAAUGGGAGCUAUUUUAUUGUUGUUUCAACUGGGUGUGUUGAGUUUUUCUUACAUCUGUGCCUGGUGUGGUAUAUAACUUUUAUGGUAUUAGCAAGCUGGUAUGUCAUGCAGAAAUCUGUGUAGAAUACAUUUCCUUAUUUAGAAUUCCUAAACGUGUAAGUUCCAGAAGGAUUAAUGUAUUCUCAUCUUAUAAUUUUAGACAUUUGAUGUCUUCUUAGUAUGGCAUAGUGUCAUGACUUAUCAUCAAAGUGAUUGUGUGCUAUUUAUUAACUAGUUUAUUAGUAUUAAUAUUUGGAUCACUAAUUGCACGCUAUAGGUAGAUGAAGAAUAUAAGAAUCAGGUAAAUUUCUUACCUGGUUUUCAUAAAAACACUUUUAAGAGAUUUCUAGUAAGAGAAAUUUUAGCAAAUAUCUAUACUCUUAGAGUUUUGAAGACAUACUUAACAUGUUUGAGUGUGAAUACAUCACUUUGCCUCCUCCAAACAUAUGGUGCAUUGCUGAGGUAUUUAGAUGCCUACAGUGGGUCUUUGUGAGAAUUUGAGAGCUUCAUUAUGAGGAAAUUAAUGUAGACAUCAUAUCCAUUAUUUUAAGAUUAUACUUUUUAAAGUGUAUCAUUUGUUUAUAUUACUGUUUUGAAGAAAAAAUAAAGUAUGUCUGAUUUUCA